AUGAAGACCUUUACUGUAAUAUCAGCGCUGGUAGCAUCAGCACUUGCCGCACCCACCUCAGCCAUCGAAGGUCGCACUUUUUUCAACCAGAAGAGCUGUCCAGCAAAUGCCGCGCAGCCCGAUGGGAAACUCCCCAAGGGCUCCAUCUCGACGUCCCUCCUCGUCCCAAUCAGCUCAAAGAACCCAGAUAAAGCCUAUCCAGCAACCGAAUGGGCGACCGUAACUCCCAACGACAUCUGCACCGUCUUCAACCUCGAACUCGAUUCCAACGCUGUCCAAGGCAAGGUCUGCAACCUUGUCUUCGACUUCCCCAGCUUCAUACAAGCACCCGGAACUUUUGCUUUCGUUGGUAGCGGCCAUUUCACAUUUACUGGAUACGACAUCAACGCCGGCGCUGUUGCUGGCGAGACGACAUACAACCACCAACCUCGACCAGGUCCGAGCCCGCCGAACCCACCUCCGGUGAUUAAGCCUGGGAACAGUUACAUCAUCAAUGCUGCACCAUGUGGUCACUGUGAGCGGAAGCUUGUGCUCGAAGGAUACGACUUUUAUGUUUAA